AUGCUGACCCCCAGGACUGCACUCUUCUUGACUCUGCUCCUGGCUGGGGGCACCCUGAGCCAGAGGGCUCGGAGACCCCCUCGGCCAGCGUCCCCCAUCAGCACCAUCCAGCCGAAGGCCAACUUCAAUGCUCAGCAGUUUGCAGGAACGUGGCUCCUUGUGGCCGUGGCCUCCUCAUGCCGCUUCCUGCAGGAGCAAGGCCACCGGGCUGAGGCCACCCUACUGCGUGUAGCUGCCCAGGGCGCAGCCAUGGCUGUCAGCACCUUCCAGAAGCUGGAUGGGAUAUGCUGGCAGGUGCAGCAGCUCUACCGAGACACGGGAGUGCCCGGCCGCUUCCUGCUCCAAGCCCGAGGUGCCCGCAGGGCAGUGGACGUGGUCGUCGGGGAGACAGACUACCAGGGCUUCGCUGUGCUGUACCUGGAGCAGAAGCGGCGGCUGUCGGUGAAGCUGUAUGCCCGCUCGUUCCCGGCAAGUGACUCGGCCCUGAGUGCAUUUGAGCAGGGGAUCCAGAGGGCCAACCUGACCGAGGACCAUAUCGUGUUCUUCCCCAAGUACGGUUUCUGCGAGGCCGCAGACCAGUUCCACGUCCUAGAUGAAACAAGACCCCCAGCGCCGGUGGUCCCACAGGCAGCUGAGGGUCUCAGCGGCUGGGACGGCCCCGCGGGGAUCCCUGAAUCCAGUCCCCGGUGCCAGCUGGUCCCUGCCCACCGUCGGGAAGAGCCAGCCCAGAGCACAGCGUCCGAGCUUUGGGGCGAGAGGAAAGACCUGGGGAGUAGCUCCACCCCGACCGGCGGUACCCGCGGACCCUGCCGCCCUUCUGGGGUGACGCGGGGGCCGCAGCAGGCCCGCGGCCGGGACUCCGGUGGUCUUCGCACACCGGGCCCCGCGCGCAUGGCCAGCGUCACGUGCGCGCCCUCGACCAAUCGCAUUGACGGUGGGAGGAGCCACGCCUGCCGCGGCCCCCGGCGUGAGGAGCGCGGCUCCCAAAUCCACCGCCCAGCCUGCAAGCCGCCUGGCGGGCUGUAG